CAAGGGGACGGAUACGGUGGAGAAAAGGGGACCAUACAUCAUGAGCAAACCUCCCUCCAUUCAGGCCAAGCUGAGUAAAUGAUGCUUGGUGGACUCUGCUGGGAUUUCGGGAGUUAUUUCCACCUCUCUGCCAGGGCGGGAGUUACCCACAGCCUUUUUAUUCCUUGGUGGGAUAAAACCUUCAUUAAAAAAAAACCCCAAAACAUUAAAAAUCCCAUAGUGAUGCCUGUGGAAAGCACUGCAUUGCCCCCAUGCUCACCUGCAACACCCCCACCACCCAAAAAACAGAUCUUGGGGGAACACAUGGGAAUUUUUAUCUCUGUCCCUGUGCUUGGCUUUCAGAGAGGCAGCGUGAGCUGGUGAAGGCAGCUCUGCGAAGGCAGGGGCUGCUGGGGGGACCCACCACCCCGAAAUCGGCACCUAAAAGGUCGGUGAAGUUUAACAAGGGCUACACUGCACUCAACCAGACAGCUGAUGAGAACCUGGUCUCCCUCGACUCAGACAGUGACGGGGAGCCGGGAUCCAGAUGUUCCUCAGGAUACUCCUCUGCCGAGCAGGUGAACCAGGACCUGAGCCGGCAGCUGCUGCAGGAUGGGUACCACCUCGACGAGGUCCCCGAUGAUGAAGACCUGGAUCUCAUCCCCCCAAAACCAGUUGCCUCCUCUUCUUGCCCCUGUUGUUUCGGAGAAAAUCUCUCCUGUGUGAUCCAAUAGCUGCACGAGAACAGGUCAAAAUCCAGCACUUUCUUUGUCCCGUGGGACGGCUGUUGCUGUCUGUGUCCCAUGCUGGGAUGGUGACACAAUGACUGAACGAUUCUGCUUAUGGCAGAGACCAACUGACCCCAGGACUUUUCUUUACACUCAGCAAUAUCAGGGAGAGGUGGCAUGGUGACAUUUUGGUGGUCUGGAUGGGACCUCUCACCUGCUGAGGUGGGAAAGAAGAGGCAGAGCCUGGCACCUCCAUGGAGGUGUAAAGGGAAGGAGUUAGGAGGUGCUGGGUUUGGAGCUAAUGGCUUGUUCCUGUUCUCCCCAGUGCUGCUUUGAUGCAGGUGGGGGACUGCCUAGACCUCCCCAUACCAGCUCCACACAGGGUUUGGAUGUGGGGGCCUGGGGACUUUGCUGCAAACCUUAAAAGCUGCCUUAAACCAUGGUCCUGCUCUACAACCUAGAGGACAAUCAGCUGCUUCAGUACAGAAACCUUAUUUAAAUAUUUCAUGUCUAGAGACCUGAACUGUUGGGGUUUUUUGUUUGUUUGUUUGUUUUGUUUGCUUCUGGGGUUUUGCUUUUGUACUUUACUUGUUAAAGGGAGCACUCAAUAAACUGAAUCUCAUUA